AUGGGGGAACAGGAUGGGCUGAACAAGAAACCUCAUUCUCAUACCAGGGGUCGCGGCAUCCUUCAACAUAACAGCAGCCGCCGAGGGCCCCCUCUCGGACAGAAUAGUACUAACAAUAGAAUCAGAGGAGGCUUCAAGGCAAAUAGGGGGCGCUCCAGCACUUUCUCGUCACGUGGGGGUCAAGUGCCGGACGGCACGGUUCCAGCUGCGUACAUUUCCCCCUUCCAAGCGUCGCGGCCGCAGAGCGGGCAGCAUUCCGCCUCCGUUGUGCGCACAAGUGUUUCAGGACCCUCGCAGCAGCAAAUACUCUUUUAUUCCAGCGUCCAACGGCGCGGGGGUGUCUUUACCAAGACGGCACACGAGACCACCGCACAACUUGCGCGCACGGGCGUUCUCCCUAAUUCGACCGCAUUCCGCAAGCGGGCCCGUCACGCCAUGGAAAGCAACGGAGAUAAACCAGAAACCCUUGAGGAACGUUUUUCCAACUUGCAAUCGGAGAAAACGGAGGUGGAGCUGCGCCAGGCGAAGAAACUUGUGAAGCGGAGCGGCAUCAAUCGCUUUGAGGACUGUGACAGCGACGGCGCGGAUACAUAA